AGGAAACCUUAAAUAAUCAACAAACACUAUUUUUAUUUUUUACAACAAAUAUCUCUUUGUAUCUCUCUUUUCUUGAGAAAAAAGAGAGAAAAGAGAUAACUUUUUUUUUCAGGUUGCACAUACACAAAUUAGGGAAAAGGAAAUUCUUUUUUUUUUUGUUAAAUUAUUGAUGGAGUGUUGGGAGAAGAUGAUGGAUCCUAUGCGCAAAGCUUGGGGUAGAGUUUCUACACGUAUUCGCAUUCGUAAAACUGGACAUGUAAAGCUACACCGUGAUGUGAGGAAAUGUGAAUAUGAAGAUGUUCAAAUUUUGUGGAAUAUGCUGAAAAAGAACGAAAAAGAAGAUGCUUCUAAAUCUCCUUGUGGACGCAAAAAAAGUUCGAUUCUGGGAUAUUGUUGAUUGGGCUAAACGUGCUCCCUUCAUUUGUCAUAGCGUGUGAUCAAUCAAUAUGUUUUUAUUGUAUUUUUUUAGCUUUCAUAUCGCAAAUAUUUGCGUGCUUUUUGCAAGACGAAUGAACGUAAAACUUUUUCAUACUCUUAGUUUCACUUAUUUAAAACGAUACUAUUAAUCAUGUAGAUGUAUGAGAGUUGGUUCUAGUGGAGUACAUAUAAUUUAUUGGAGAUGAAUAUGUUGUUUUUCUUAGA